CCACUUGCUUUCUUUUCUCCUCUGGCCCAGGACGUCUGCAGUGACACAGGGCAGAGAAUGCAAAGAAUGUGGAAGGGAGAGGCUGAAGCAGAGCGGGAGGGGGACUCUCUCUCAUUCUCUCCCUCUCCUGUGCCUGGGAUGUAGGAACCUGUUUGAUGCCCUGCAGGGUAGAAGCACCCUCCCAUUUUGUCAGCCUUCCCUCCCAUAACAAGGCUGGGCCCCAACCUGAGAUCCUGGGAGCUUUGCCCACACACUGCCCUCCCUGCAGAUUGCUCACGCCACAACCGAGGGCGCAGGCUGUUGUAGGCUUUAAGUAAGAUAUCCUCACAGAAGGAAAUCCCCGGUGCUGCUACUCCUGUGCAAGGGUCCCAACUCCUAAGGUAAAUCAGCCGUUAAGAGCACCGGAGUUUAUUUCUAAUAAACCGGAUACCGGAACUAUAAGUGUGAUGUAAUCUGAAAAUCACCCCACCGAUAUAGGAAAUGAAAUGGAGUGAAAAAACAACAACAAGUUGUAUCUUUGUGCCAAACUCUGGAAACUACGCGGUGUGAGAGAGCCCGUGUGAAUCAUGCUGUCUCUUGGCGCCAUGAAAGAUGGCACCAUCCUACCGAGUGAGGAAGACCGGAAACGGAUUAUUACCCAAAUGAAAGUAAGGACAACUCUGAAAGGAGACAAGAGUUGGAUCCAUCACAGGUCUGAUUCUGAGGAGAAGCAGAACCACAGUCCUUUGACACCUUGUACAGCUCCAUCUUCCCACAGAGAACCACAGUCUCCUUCAGCGCACAAAAAUCUUUCCUCAAAUUCUUCUACUGCUACAUCAUCUGGAUAUCUCAUUAGGGGAGUUUUCACCAAGACCAUUGAUAAGUCAUCUCCUUCCAAGCCAGCAUCCAAUGGGACACAGAAAAGUAUCAAGAGCCCAAGCCAGACCUCCCCCUCCACCCAAGGGCCCAAGAUGUCCACUGAGGAUUACAAAAAACUAGCUCCCUAUAAUAUUAAGCGUGAACUCUCAUACCCAGGAGAUGGACAACCCUUUGUUUCUCCAGAGGAGCAGAAAAAGAGGACAGAAGCUGCUAGCAGCGUGCUUAGGCGUACAGCCGGCAGGGAGCGCUCCUACGUCCUUUCAGCUGCAAAGAAAACUGGAGGAAGUCCAACACAAGAGGUACCGGCCUUUGUGGCUAAGAAGAUUGACGUGCCAGAUGAUUUCGGUCCACGAUCCAGGAGUCAUACUGUACCUGCCUCAGCAUGGUUUAACGGUCGUGGGAAGAGCACUAAUGGUGAAAGAAGGACUUCGGAGUCUCCCCAGAGUGCUUCUGUAAGAAGCAGUGUUGAUACAAGCAGCAGAAGAAAUGUGGCCUCAAAACCCAACCAUGAAACUUUAUUCAAUUGCUCUACAUCUGUGGAGAGAAGUAACAAGUCAGAUGAGAAGUAUGAAAUGAGUUCUGGACAUGAUUCUGUCCCCAGUAUCCCUACUUCUCCAAAAAGAAGUGAGAAGAACGAAUUGCAGAGUCACACAUUUUUUGACAAAUCAGCUCUGGAGCUCAAACAUGAAGACUCCAAUGGAGAAAGAAAUCCGAAGGAUCCAGACUCAAAAGCUGCAGAAUUGUGCCAUUAUCAGCCAACGACAGAAAAGGAAAACACUGAAGUAUCCCCAGGAAUGGGCUACAGAACAUCCACUCACUUGGACAACAGUGAGGCUGCUGACUCAAAGAGGUCUGAGCUACAGCUUGAGGGAAACAACCUGAGUACCACUGGGGUCCAGUGUGAACUUUUAAGUACUCCCAAGAAGGAGGAAUCAGAUGUGGAGGUUUCCAGGAUUUUUUCACAUCCGGAUCACCAAGCUGGCCAUUUUAUCAGAUCUUCAGAGUCUAGGAAUGGAACAAACAGGACCAAUCAACUUUACAACCGCAGAAUGUUGAAAUUCAACCACGGAAUAGCAUCCUACUUGUACAAUCAGCCAUUCAACAACAGAAGUGUGACUUACUAUCCCUUCAGAGAUGCUGGGACUAACGUUCCAAAAAGCCAUAGAGUGCCUUUUUAUAAGGACAUCUGUGACACAGAGACCGGAAGGACUCUGACUGAUUCCGAGGCAAAGGAUCUCCCUGCUUCCUUUGAACAGAAGAAUUUUUCUAAUUAUGAGUCAGAUCCCUCUGCCCCAGGCAAAGGCCUUCUCUUUGUGAAAGAAUCCAUCAAAAGCAUGGAACUGUCCUCCUCCCCACGUCACAACAGUCGCAGUUUGGUUGACUUGUCUGAACUUGAGAAUCCAAGCUACAGCAGUUCCAGCUAUCUAAAUAGCACACCUUCAAAAAGGUCUUUGGAAGAUAUUUGUACUUGCUGUGGCCGAGUAAUCCGCAACUGUGCCAAGAUAUCAAUUGAGAAUCUCAACAUCAGCUGCCACGAAUACUGCUUCAAAUGUGGAAUCUGCCACAAGCCAAUGGGAGACUUCUUGGAUCAAAUCUUCAUUCAUCGGGAUAUUGUCCACUGUGAUAAGUGCUAUGAGAAGCUCUUUUAGAUUCCAGGGAUUGGACCAGCCUGUGCAAAGAGACGCCUGCCUUCAUCCACGUGCCUGGGGUCUCCUAAGGACUCUUUGAUUCAGCAAGCACCCUCUUCCUCAUGUUCUCAAGUCAUUCCUCCUUCCUCGUCUUCAGGCAGGCUAAGUGACUCACAAUUAGCAAUGGUGGAGUUAGAGUCACCGAGGAUGCUACAUCAGGAAUAGGAGGGAUUGCUGCCUUGGUUUCAAAUAGCUGCAUUUGGGGGCUCCUCCUGCACCUCCUGCAGUCUUGGUUGCUUGUCCAAACGUCCUUCUGUCCUUCCUUCCACGGUGGCAUCUUGGAUAUCCAUUCCUUCCACUGGGCCAGCAACUGAUAAAAACAGGCGUUAUACCAGGAAUGAGAAGAAGCAGGACCAUCUGUUUAAAAAAAAAAAAGAGGGAGGGAGGGAGAUUGAAUCAUCAGGAGCACUUCUUAUUCCAGUUAUCCCUAGGAAGUCUUUAGCCACAGCUAGGAAUGCUCAAUUCCAAAACAUGUGCCUUGAAUGCCAAGGAUUUUAAAUGGGUGUGCAAAGUGUUUUGAUUCCAAACUCUCAAGGCACCAGGCACAAAACACCUCCCCCACAAAAAAAAUCUAUUUCGGAAGCUUUUUGAGCUCGAAACACUCCAGAAUUGCUUGACGUAAGAAUCUUAAAUGUUUUGCACACCUCUAAGUUUGCCUUCUGGCAUCCCUGGGAUGGAUUUGAUUUUGAAAGCAUCAGGCACCCAGGUGAUGUCUUCUACAGUCUUUUACCAUGGGUUGAGACUAAUGGGAGUUGGAAUCCAAAGCGCCAGGAGAAUCACUCCUUUGUUUAUUCUUUUUUACCCAGAGAAGAAAAUAUUGAGUUAACUCAAUGUUUUUCAAACUUGGCAACUGAACGAUGUGUGGAUUUUUGACUCCCACAAUUCUCCAUCCAGCAUGGAAUUCUGGAAGUUGAAGUCCACAUAUUAUAAAGUUCCCAAGUUCGAAAAACACUGAGUUAAAUGGUCCGAUUGUCCUAUUCAGUAUCAGGCAGAUUCUUCUGUCUAUUGUCUACUUCUGUCUACUGUCUACUCCUAUCAUAAUUGUCUCUCUGGGGGAUAACUAUUUUAGAAAUAUCUUUGAUUUUGUUGUGAGAUUAUACAUUCUUCAUUGUUGGGAAAUCAGUUACGGUUAAUUUCUUACACAUUUGUAUCCCAUAUCUCUAAAAGGAUAAGUGUAUAUGCAAGAUAACAUAUUUUUUGCAGUAUUCUUCAGUUCUAAUUCCUUUACACCUAUUCUUUCCAGACUCAACUGAAGAGAGUUAUACUGAAGCUUUAAACUGGAUAUUUAGCUAGUAGCUUAAUAUAUUUUUGUAUAUUAACCAAAAAUCUGGAAUAUAAAUAUGGGGGAGUAGAUGUAAUCAUUUUUUCUAUGAUUAGUUUAUUGGAACUUCUAACAAACAGUAAGAAGGGGAAAAGAAACAUAGCCUCAUUUUUAGUCUCUGUUUUCUGCACACUAUAUCAAUUUUAACUUGGGCCAUUGCCUAUUUCCAAUUGCCAGUGCAAAGCAGUGAGAAGUAGGCUUCUCUCGAGUUAAAUUCCUUAAAUUACAUGGGAAAAGACCGUGGACAUUAUUCAGUGUGGGAGCAGAGGCUCCAUCUACAGCAGAAUUAGCUUUGCAUAUUUUGAAAUAAAUAAAGCAAUAUACAUGAUAAUCUCAAGAAGGAGAAUGCUAUAACAUCUCCAAUAACCCAACACUGCUGUUUUAUGAUAUGAAUGUAGGUGUUGCGCAAAAGAUUCCCUAUAUUUUGUUUAUGGAAUAUUGGAAAAGAGAGAUGUUGAAUAUCUCCAAAAGCAUUUUCUCUGAAUGCUGCUAAGGGAAGGCCUUCUACAUUUGAUAGGAGCAAUCGGGGUUGGGGAGGUGUUUAAUUCUUUCCUUGAAGGUCAAGGUCAAAAAAGGGGUAUCAGAAUUCACCUUCCCAACUGCUUGAUUCCAGAACAUCAACAAAGCCAGCAGAUCUUGGCAGCUUGCUAAUUGCAGCUGUCACAAUUUUCUCUUCCUGGAGGGUUAGAAGCAGGAUGGUCAGCCAAACUGGGCAUGCGUUUUCCUCUUUCCCUCCUUACGAGUUUUCCUUUGCUAAGAAGGAUGGUAGAAAAAGUAGCUAGAUGUAAAAGAUGACGUAAUCUGGACUUCAUCCCAUAAUGCUGAGACAGGCAGAUUACACUUGCUUCAUCUAAAAGGGCACAUUGAAAUUUUUGUUGUUGGAAAAAAUCAACCAAAUCCUUGACCUCCCAGAAGGUCAUAUUUAGCUGCAUUAAAUCUAACUUAAUGAACAAUUCCUAUCUUCACAAGUAUUAGUCCUCGGUAUAAAACUACUGCCAUGCCCAACCCAUCAUUCUCCAGAUAUGUUGGACUCCUAUUUCCAUAAUCCUGCACAGGGCUUAGCUGGUGCAGAAUUACAGGAACCUUAGUCUAGCAUUUUGGGAAGGCCUCUCAGUUGGGCAAAUCCCAAGUCAGAUAAGGUCUGUUUUUUUUUAAAGUAAAUAUUUAUCUUCUCUGCUGAUUUCCUUUUAAUGUAAACUUUUGCUUCCCAUUCAUCGUCCAAAGGUGGAGUUUUGCAAACAAGCACAAUUGACCUAAGCAGCAUGUGAUAUUUUAGACAGAAUUGAACUGCUGUUCUAUUUCCUUGAGGACUUGUAUCAUGGAAAGAUUGCUUUAGACAGGCACCGCCAGGUUAUUACAAAAUGUUAUUUUUGUUGCUGUGUUGUUCUUCUCUGCCCUUCUGGUUUCGCUGAAGCAAAUUCUAAAUUGCCACAUUCGGUUCUAAUAAAUAUUCUGUGCAGGCA